GUCUAAAUCGUUUUUUGUUUCUUGCUAAAAUAGAAACCCCAGUCUGUAGGCCCCUCGAGCUUUCCCUUAACCCCCCAUUCCCUCCCCUACUCUGGUAAGCUUGUUCUGUUUUCGAACGUUGAAGCUUUCUUCAACAAGAUCUGGUCCCCUCUCCUCUUCUCUUUCUUUCCCUCUCCCCUUUUAUUCACAAAAGCCCCCUGCUAGAAAACCCCUUUGGUUAUUUUGUGUUGUUUUUUUCAAGGGGAGAGGGAGUUCCCAAAAACUGACAGAGAUCUGGGAAUUUUCAAGCAGAGCAUGCUUUGCUAGGAAAUGGGGAGGAAAGGGAGUUGGUUUUCUGCAGUGAAGAAAGCCCUCAUCCCUGAUUCAAAGGAAAAGAAAGAUCAGAAAACACACAAGUCAAAGAAAAAAUGGUUUGGGAAGCAGAAGAAUGAGGGUGUUGUUUCUUCAUACGAAGAAAGUGCGUUGGUUAUCCCUGCCCCUGACACGACCCCUGCCCCUCCUCCUCCUCCUCUGCCUCCAAAACAAGAUGUCAAAUUAGCUGAGGCUGAGAAUGCACAGAGCAAGCAUGUUUACUCUGUGGCACUUGCCACUGCCGUGGCUGCAGAGGCAGCUGUUGCUGCCGCUCAGGCUGCCGCAGAGGUGGUUCGUCUUACUGCUGUGCCUGCGCCCCAUUACUCACUUCAGGAGGUAGCAGCUGUCAAGAUUCAGACGGCAUUCCGAGGGCACUUGGCCAGAAGGGCAUUGCGGGCUUUGAGGGGGUUGGUGAGGUUGAAAUCAUUGAUAGAGGGCCAAUCUGUUAAACGGCAAGCAACUACCACACUAAGAUGCAUGCAGACUCUUGCUCGUGUGCAGUCUCAGAUUCGUGCUAGGAGAAUUAGAAUGUCCGAGGAGAAUCAGGCACUUCAGCGACAGCUCCAACACAAACAAGAGAAAGAGCUUGAGAAACUCAAAGCUUCUAUGGGAGAAGAAUGGAAUGACAGCACCCAAUCUAAGGAGCAGGUUGAGGCAAAGCUACAAAGCAAACAAGAAGCUGCUAUAAGAAGAGAAAGGGCUUUGGCUUAUUCAUUCUCUCACCAGCAAAUGUGGAAGAACUCUUCAAAAUCUGAACAUCCUACGUUCAUGGAUCCCAGCAAUCCCCACUGGGGUUGGAGUUGGUUAGAGCGAUGGAUGGCUGCAAGGCCGUGGGAAAGCCGAAGUACAGUAGACUACAAUGACAGGGCCUCCAUGAGGAGUUCAGCUAGCCGUGCCUCCGUGUCCGUUGGGGAAAUCACCAAAGCUUAUACACUUCGUGAUAAUAAGCCUUCCCCUAGGACCCCUACUGCCGUAAAAUCAAGCAGGCCUCCUAGUCGCCAAUCCCCUUCAACUCCUUUCUCCAGGGCACAAUCUUCAUCAUCAGUGACCGGGAAAACACCAAGAGGAAAUGGCUGGGGAGGAGAUGAGGACUCCAGGAGUACAUUCAGCGUCCAGUCAGAGCGCUUCAACAGGAGGCAUAGCAUUGCAGGGUCCUCUGUGAGAGAUGACGAGAGCCUUGCAAGCUCGCCUUCAGUUCCAAGUUACAUGACACCCACAAAAUCAACAAAGGCCAGGUCUCGGUUGGCAAGCCCAAGCUCAAACCAGUUUGACAAGAAUGGGACACCAUCAGAGAAGGGAUCAGUGAGUUCUGUAAAGAAGCGGUUGUCAUACCCUGCUUCCCCAGCUGGACCAAGAAGGCACUCAGGUCCUCCUAGGGUUGAUACUAGCUCUGUUAAAGGCACUGCCGUGCUUGAGAAGAACGUUAGCAAUGGAGGGGGCAGCAGGUAGUGAUAAGACUAGUGAGGUGUGCAUGUAAAAUAAAGCAAGAAUGUACUUAGGUAGAUGUUGAGGUGAAGAAGAUUGAAUAAAAGAUGUGUCAGGGCUUUGUUAGAGGGUGGAGGAAAGAGAAAACAAAAAUUAGUUUUGUCAUUUCAUGUCUGUUUCAGUUGUCUUCAUCAUUAAUGCCAACAUUUUUUUUCCUUCUUUUCAGUAACCUUUGGCUGUUAGGGCUUGUUAUUUAUAAUGGAGUAGCCUAGCAGGAUUGGACUGGAGGUUGAUGUUAAUUCAUGGUAACAGAUAUAUGAUUUCUUUAGCUGUGUGCAGAUUGAUGU